AUGCCGCCAUGUCUGAACGACGUGAAUGCUGCAGUGGAAAUCAACUCUGGCAAGGGAUGGCAAGUCCUUUACCCCAAGCACGCGCUCGAAGUCGAGCCUUCCUCGGAGUCCAUCAGUCUUCGACUUCGAGAGGAUCACAGCGUGCUCUCCGAGGUCCCUCUCACCGAGAACCUCCGCAGCUGCGAGGAGCUGAAGGCUUCAGAGCUGGGCAACUUCAGCCUACGAGCUGAAAGGUGGCUGGAGCGGGAGCAGAUGUCUGUGGCCUUGGCUGCAGCACAAGCCGAGCUGCGAAAGCAGCGGUUGAAGAGCAACAUACUGAAACAUCAUCAGAAGCACACUGACGCUUGGAGAAAGCGUUUUGUCUGCUUGUUUGUUCUGGCAGUGUUCUUCUUGGGUUGCACUGUCGUGCUUCUGCGGCAUCUGGCACCGGAGCUCAUGGGUGUGUUCUGGGUUUUUGGCUGCUCCUUGAUUGCCUUCUUUAUGUGGACCCUUGACCACCGAUGGUUGCGGCCUCUUGUUAAUCUCUGUGGAAUGUUCAUGACGUAUUUCGCAGUUUGGUCCGUCUUUGUGGUUGGGGUGUUUGGAGCAUACACUUACCUAAAAUGGAACCGAUGCUCGGAAGAUACAUUUGUGGACGUGCUAGUUUGGUGGGACUUUCUGCCUCUUUGCAUCAUCCCUUUCUGUCUUCCUGCUCAUGCUUGGUUCCGACACAAAAAAUGGGCCGUGAAGAUCUACCCGGAUCUCCUGGAAGAGCAUGCUCGAGGAGAAGCUGUUGAAAACAGCAUCGUCUUUCACGGGCGAGUGCUCCCAGGGAAGCAACGGCCAUGUGUAUGCUCAUGGCCUGGGAAGUAUGAAUCCGCCUGGGAUGCAAUGGUUCGCUCCAGCGAGACCAGCGCUGCUGUGGUUUUCCUACCAAAGGGUAGUGAGCUUUUCGGAAUUUGCGACCCAAUCCCUGCCAAGGAAGGGCUUGCCGGUGAGUGCUGGUGUAUACCACUCUAUGGGGAAAAGAAGGUGUGGGGUUGUAGAUGGUGGACAAACUGGAUCGAGAAUGUUGAGGAGGCCGUGAAGUAUGGCGCCAAGCUUCAAGUCUACUUCUUUGAGCACGCCAUAGGGAAAGGCAAAGUGAAGAGCUUCAGCGCGCUGUCACAAGAGAGCUUGCGACGGGAUGCGCUGUGCAAGAAGCGCAGCUUUGUUUUCGAGGCCUCGAAAGUGUUCCGGGAAGCUCAGGAUGCAGGUAUUGAAGAGCUUUGCAAGGGGCAGCGCCAAGAUGGCUCUUCACAAUAUCAGCGCGAGAAACAUCGACUCUUCCUCAGCUGGCUCUGCCCUGAG